GUGAAUCCCCCUUAAUGCUGUGAUAGGUACAACUACUAGUAGUACAUGAUUGUACAUCAGGAUAGUACAGUAUCGAAACCUUUUAUUUCCCCACUGUACAAGCUUCUCCAAAAACGAUGACAUUAAAUCAAUCUUUUCUUUGCGCAAACUCCCAGCUCUUAGCUCUUGCGACAAUAAGAAAAGUUAGGAAAAACAGCUCCAAACUUACUGUCGAUUUAGCACAAUGGGAUUUAUCACUACUUCAAGGUAGUACAUAUAUAUAGCAGUCAAUCAUGGCUUCUUUAAUACGCGCAUGCCGGCCUGCAACCCAAUUCGCUUCAGCCCUGCGAAAAGAAGGGUGCCAGGUCCAGCGCCCACUGUCAACAGCAAAGAAAUCUCUAGCCUGCAACGCGACAAGCCACGGAUAUUUUCCAGCUUCGCGCACAAUAUCACCCUUCCAUACAACCACCUCGCACAACAAGGGGCGUGAUGAGCCACCUACGACCGACUUUGGAGCUAUGGACGUGUUGGGCAAUACGCCAGCUCCCUCUACCGCCAUCGACGCUUGCAUGCCCGACGGCUUCCGAUUCAACAACGGCUCUAGGGUCCUCGAUGGCGGGGGUGUCAUACUAGUCGGCGGCGAAGCCUUCGCUUGGCGGCCCUGGUUACCCGGCGGCGAGAAUCGCCUAUUGAAUAAGAAAGGACAGUGGGAAGUGGCCAAAGAGGCAUUCGGUCUACUAAGUUUGAUUUGGCCUCGGCCAGACCUGUUGAUACUAGGCCUUGGCCCGGAGAUCCGCCCGAUAAGCCCCGACUUGAGGAAGCAUUUAAGCAGCCUGGGCAUGAAGGUAGAGGUCCUAGAUACGCGGAAUGCGGCGUCGCAAUUCAACUUGCUUGCUACGGAGAGGGGCAUUGACGAUGUUGCGGCUGCACUGAUACCGAUUGGCUGGAAAGAGGGAGUCGGAGCACUCGCUCGGUAAGCUGUACAACAUUUGCACGAUGCCAGUAUAACUACCUAGGUAGAGAUGGCAGCACUCGAAUUUUAACUUGUGUCGCCGAGCUACGGAACGCCACGACAAACACUUACCGCUAGCCCAUUUUCCCAUGUACCACUAAAAGAGGAUUUGCUUGCUUAAGGGGAAAAGGGGCGGGGGGGAUAGAAUGGGACUCUGCGGAGUUCGUAAGAACAAAAAGGGGGAGGCACUAUUUAGAUGCAUUGGGCAUAAUCAGUUGACUUGGUGGUGAAUAUGUAGAGAUUCUUAGGUUGGAAAACUCACUUUUCGUGUGACCUUACUUGAAAGACACGAUCAGGUACCAAUGAUAAUUGCUAAGACAUGUGGCAUUGUGGCUGCUACCUAGUGGGAACCUGAAAGGAUGCCAGCUGAGCUUGAAGUACUUGGAUAUGUCAUCACAUACAUAUAUCGUGAUAGUUACUUACUGUAGUUAGGUACCUGGGUUGAAAUCUCCCCUAUUUCCUACGCAACCAUACCUAGAACAUCAUGAUAGAACAUCAUGAUAUUAUGUACGCUUCGGGGGUAUGUAUCUUACCUAGGGUACCUAUGUAGAGUAGGUAAAUUAAUAUGCAUGACGUCUGUGA